AUGUUGUGCUAUAAUAGUUGGAUAUUGUGGAGAAGAGCUCUCACUGAGAACAAUUCUGAUGACUAUUUGCCACUGGCUGAAUUCACACUUGGUUUAGCAGAAAUUCUAGCAAGAUCCCACGUGACUUCAAAAAAGCGAGGCAGACCCAAUAGCUCACUACAGCCUCAACUGGAUUUAAAAAAAGGAAAUAUCCUUUUGCGGAAAUACCAGCCCAAGAAAUUCGUCGCGACAAUGUGGAACACCUUCGUGAGUGGCAUGAAGAUCGCCAAAGAUGCAAAUUUCCUGAGUGUAAGGGGAAAACACAAGUUUGGUGUGAUAAAUGUAAUGUUAGAUUAUGUUUGA